AUGCCUCGACGGUCGCUGUCUCCACGCCGCAAUUCACCGCCUCGUCGCUCGCGAAGAUCGCCAGAUAGCGACAGAAACCGAGACCGAGAUAGAGAGAGGGACAAAGAGAGGAACAGAGACCAUCGUGAAGAUAAAUACAGCCGAGAUUCCAGACCCCGUAGCUCUCGAGACGAUAGACGAGAUGACUAUGGUCGUGAGCGAGACAGGGACAGGGACCGCAGAGGAAGAGAUAAUCGGAGAGAUGAUGACGAUGGCCGAGAUUCUCGGCGUGGAGAGCGUCAACCAGACUCACGUCCACCCAGGGCUGCUGCCACAAACACCGUAAAGCACGGGGACGGAACCUCCACUCUGCUCAAAUACAAUGAACCCCCGGAAGCCCGCAAGCCCGUUGAAAACUGGAGGUUGUAUGUUUUCAAGGGCAAGGAACAAGUUGAUUACUUCAUCUCCACCGACAGAGUGCCUACUUGGUUGGGCGCGACCCAAAGAUCUUUUCGCCAGGUCCAUGUCAAGGACGAGUUUGGCGUAGCCAAAGCCGCCAUUGUGAUUGAUCUAGAGUCCACUAAUGGCACCAUGGUGAACGACGAUACCAUCCCUGUGUCACGAUUCUAUGAACUCAAGCCCAGUGAUGUUGUAAAGUUUGGCGAAUCCACUCGUGAAUGCCUUCCAUGUGUAUUGGACGUAUCGCCGUAUUGUUUGCUCCCGGCUGCUGCGCUGGCCGCACCCCUCCAAGAAACUCCCCGGCAGCUCGACCAGCUCAAGGGGCUCAUCGGAGGCGGUGGACAACAAAAAGGACAGGGCGGCGCAGCGAAUCCUCUAGGAGCGUUGGGAGGUGCCGGGGGACUGGAUAAGCUACUCGGUCAGGCUACUGGCGCCGCUGCUAAACAGAACCGUCGCAGUCGCACCCGUCGACAACUCGACCAACUGAAAGGUCUAGUCGGCGGCGGACAGAAUGGUCAAGCAGCCGGCGGAAUCGAUGGUCUGAUUGGACAACUUACAGGUGGUGCGAAUAAGAACCAGGCUGCCGCCUCUCCCGAAGGAGCCGCCUCUCCAAGCGGGAAUUCGACCGCUCCUGCUACAGGUUCUCCAAGUCCUACUGAGAGCCCGGCUACCCCUUCGCAGGGCGCCGAAACCCAGGAGGGCCACCAGUGGAAACCCACCUCCUGGCCUCCCAACGGAAAUGGGCCCCCAAAACUCGAUCAGAAUCAACCCGGCGUUGCGUUCACGACGACGACGACGACUGUAGCCGCAGGACCAACUCCACCUCCCGGAGGUAACCCUGGUGCUGGCGAAGGUGCAGGAGCCAAUGCGGGAGCUUCCACAGUUACUACGACGGUCACUGUAACUGUUACUGGUGGUGCCGGUACUACAGCGGCACAGGCUGCUCCCACUCCAGGGAACGGAAAUGCCGAAAAUGGUUCGACUAGCGCUCCCAGCGCUCCUCCAACAGCUAGCACUACCGCCACUGGUGCUGCAGGAAACGAAGGAGGGGCAGCCUCUUCUACCACUACUGCAGCCACUGGAGCAACUACUGGAGCAACUGCCGGACAAGGAGAAAAUGGUGCUCAACCCACUGCUCCCCAAGCGACCCCGGCUCCUUCGAGCGCACCCGCUGGUGGAGCCGGUGAAGGUGCCCCAGCUGGAAGUGCCCCAGCUGGAAGUGCAGCUGGCUCUCCGUCCUUGUUCACCUUGACUUCGCCCGCACCCACGGCCCCUCUUCCUGGUCAAAACACGGCACCCGCGGGAGGUGCACCAAGUUCGACCGCCGCUCCGGCCGCUUGA